UCAGUUUUCUUGGUUCAAACAUAUCAGAUCUCAGGCCUCGUACAUUUGUAUUUGAUGAGCAAUCUUUGGAAAUAGCAAAGGCAUCCCGUUCAACCAACAAAUGUAACUUUGGAACAAGUUGACAUUCGUCUUCUUUCACGUCCCAUAAACACGUCGAAACAACAAUGAAGGCAACUAUAGUUGGAGAAUUAACACCUUGUUUUGUCCCCAAUAUAUAUAUUUGAUCGAAAUUCGGAUGAAGAACAAAAGUCGGGGGAAGGUAUCAAUCAAAUGGAUUGUGAUCAUCUGUAUCUCCAGCUUUGUCCUCGGCAUGCUUUGCAACAAAAGAAUGUUGGCUUCUCAUCGAGCAAGAGAUCAAAUUCUCUACAGAGGGCGACAUUUAGGAGAUUUUGAAGCUAACUCUGAUGAUUGUGUAACAAAUAAGAAACUAAUUCGCGAUGAGGAAGUGAUGAAAGAAUUCACCAAGGCUCAUGAAGCUAUAGAAUCUUUGGACUCUUCCAUUACUAAACUACGAUGGGAGUUUCCAUCAAACAAAAAGUCCCCAAAGAUUGGAAACUAUGAGAACAUGACUGCGAUUCCAACGUACAAUGAUGAUACCAUGAUAAGGAAAAAGGCAUUUAUGGUUGUAGGUAUAAAUACAGCAUUCAGUAGCAGAAAAAGACGUGAUUCUAUCAGAGAAACAUGGAUGCCGACAGGUAAAAGUUUGCUUCAGCUUGAGCAAGAAAAGGGUAUUGUGGUUCGUUUUAUGAUUGGCCACAGUGCAAUAUCUAACAGCAUUUUGGAUCGUGCAAUUGACUCUGAGGAUGCCCUACACAAAGACUUUCUUAGGCUUAAUCAUGUUGAAGGAUAUCAUGAAUUAUCAGCAAAGACAAAAUCAUUCUUUUCCACUGUUGUAAAAGCAUGGGAUGCUAAUUUCUACGUCAAAGUGGAUGACGAUGUUCAUGUAAACUUGGGCGCGCUAGCUGCAACUCUCGCACGCCAUCGUAACAAGCCCCGAGUUUAUAUAGGAUGUAUGAAGUCGGGGCCAGUUCUUUAUCAGAAGAAUGUUAAAUACCAUGAGCCUGAGUAUUGGAAGUUCGGGGAGGAAGGAAACAAAUACUUUCGACAUGCUACUGGACAAAUAUAUGCCAUAUCAAAGGAUCUAGCAAAAUAUAUCUCUAUCAAUCAACCUAUUCUUCACAAAUAUGCUAACGAAGACGUAACUCUUGGUGCGUGGUUUAUCGGUCUUGAAGUCAUGCACAUUGAUGACCGCAACAUGUGUUGUGGAACUCCGCCUGACUGUGAAUGGAAAGCUCAAGCUGGUAACAUUUGUGUCGCAACAUUUGAUUGGAGUUGCAGUGGCAUUUGCAACUCUGUGGAGAGAAUCAAGAUUGUUCAUGUUAAGUGCGGUGAAGAUGUUACUACUCUUAGGAACUCCCUUCUCUAACUUGGAUUACCCGAAGUCGAUCGAUUAAUUUAAGUGUAUCGAUAAUCCUCACUCUUUAAAUUUAUUAUUUUCACCACCAUUUCCCUAAUGCUUGACAUAGAAACAGAGGGGAAGAAGCUUGAGGGAGAAGGAAUAUCCAUUGCUCUUAUAAAGGCAUGCAAUGGGAAAAUUAAAUGAUUUUUCUUUUGUAUUUGAGGAAAAGUAAAGGGCAAGAAAAAAAAGUGUAGAAUUUCAAGUGACCAGGUUUGGUCUCUCAAUUUCUUGUAUGUACCAGGAGCAUCUAUUGUUGUAUCCAAUAUUUGAAUUAGUGCAGUAGUUAAAGCACCAUGUUUUCAACCUGAAGAUGACAUGGACUUGCAGGUCCAUGUCAAUGUAAAUUUCAAGCAAAUGGCAUAACAAUUAUUGAUGGAUUUGUCAUAUUGACAAUAACUUAUAGCAGUAGGAUC